AUGUUUAGAAUAACCUCUAAGCUGACAUUAUGUGGAGAAAAAGUAACUGAUGAAGAUAUGUUAGAAAAAACAUUCUCCACUUUUCAUGCAUCCAAUGUGUUCCUACAACAACAAUAUCGAGAAAAAGGGUUUAAUAAAUACUCUGAUUUGAUAUCUUGUCUUCUUAUGGCUGAACAAAAUAAUAAGCUUUUGAUGAAAAAUCAUGAGGCUCAUCCCGCAGGUACAACUCCAUUCCCAGAAGUGAAUGUAGCAAGACACAGUCAGUAUGUACAACAUCGUGGUCGUGCCCAGAAUUAUGCUCGUGGUCUUAAUUUUGAUCAUAGCCACAAUGGCAAUCAUAAGAAUGUAUCUUUUCACCAGAAGUGGAAAGAUACUGAAAAGAAUGAAAAUGAUGGUGAUCCCGAUUAUGGAAAUAUGGAUGUUACUUACUUAGAGAUUGGUGAUGUCUUUGUUGAUCCAGAUGGAAAAAUUGAUCACCUUAUUAGAGAUGGAGUUGUCAAGAAAUAG